AUCCUCAGCUUGGAAGUGAAGUGUUAGGCUUUGAUUUUUGCAGUGAUAACUCUAGCUGUACUUUGGCAAAAGGUUUUUUUGGCACACCUCGUAACGUUGGUGUUCUGUGCUAUAGGGACAAUUGUACUGUAGUGUUUGGUGUUCUCUAGAGGCUGCUUAACCUUCAACGUAGAUAUUAAGCAUGCUGUUGCUGGGUGCUUCCUUGUAGGUUGCUGCUUAUGCGUUGCAGCCUAGAAAGUGAAGCCAUGUAGUAUUCAUUGCUUUCAAAGUGACACUUGUACAGAGGAGUGCCGUUAGCUUCAAGUGAAGAGGAGUCUGAAUUUUGUUUAAUAAUGUAGUUUCCUGAGGGAGGAAAAUGCUGCUUUAGUUCAGAAUAUGUUGUAUUGUAAAGCACCUGAAGAGUUUAUGCAACUUGAUCUAUCUAGUCUGUUUUGACGACCUGUGCAUGUGAUGGCAAGGAAAUACUCUGAUUAAUGACUGUUAGUUACAGAAAUGUGCUUGUUCUUGCUAGGGUUUUAGGAGGGUGUUCUAAAGUACUGUGGAAGGAAAUGGAGUCUAGCUUGAUAGAAAGCCAGCAUCCGAGUCCUUCCUAGUUGUAUUUUUUAAUUAGUGAAGUAGACUAGUCUCAGUGGUAAUUCUGCAUCGUCUUUUUCAUCGCAACUGCUUGACAGCUGUUUAGUCAUGUUCAAAAGAACUGGGAAGUGACUGCUGGGGAGAUUGUUGUGGUAUAAUAUGUUGGGCUGGAAUCCCAUAGCUUCAGAGGGCCGUAUUCAUGAAUGCUGUGCUUGCAAGUCCAUAUUGAUUCUGGAAUUUUCAAUGCUCACAUAUGCAGCCUUGAAAUGUAGGCUUGUGUAGCUUAAGAGCUGAGAUUUGGGGUUAUGUGAGUAAUGGUUUAAAGCUCUUAGCAUGCUGAAGUUUUCUUCCCGCUCUUUGGAUUAAUCUCAUGUAGUUUAUUAGGAGGCAGAAUUACAGGCGUGUAUGUGUAAUGUUAGCAAAUAAGCAGUGGGAAGGAACGGAGCUGCCUCUUGCACUCUUGGAUGUCUGCAGGGAUUUGCCUCUUAGGCUGCGAAUAACAUUUGUCAUUGCUGGGAACCAAGUUCGUGAAGCCCAGCGAGGAUGUUUGUGUUUGUGUUUUCAGAGGUCUGUUUCCAUGUGAAGAAGCUGCAUGCAAGGGCCUGGUUAGAAUGUAACUUCUAGUAAAGUAAACCUUCAUUUUAUAGGAGGAAAACCAUCUGGUGCUAGGAAGCAAUGAAAAAUAGCAUAUGUGGAAGUAAUUUUUGAAGUCGGGCUGAAAAACUUACAAUUUUUACUUCAGAAAUGGAGCGAAGACUUCGGAGUGUGUGUGGAACAGACCUUUUGUGGCACGUGUUGUCUGUAAGCUCUUGUAAAGCACCGAAGCAACCAUUUUCAUACCUCAUCAAUGGCGUGGGUGUUGCUGAGCUGAUUGCGGUUAUCGAUUCCUCGUGGAAUGCUAUGGAUGUAACAUUUGGAUAAGUUUUAGUACGUGUUGUGGAAAAAUGAGCAAAUGUAAGAGUGUAGCUAUGGGAGUGGUACGUUACCAUGCGUUCUGAUGGUGUGCUGCAGGCAGGAGUUGUAGAAACUCACAAUAAUGACUUUUGUUUUGUUUUUUUUUCUUGGCUACCGUUUCUUUUUCAGCAAGGACAAGUUUGGAAGGCAUGUGGAGACCCCAAAGCCAAACCAUCCUAUCUUAUUGACAAAAACCUGGAAUCUGCAGUCAAAUUCAUAGUCAGGAAGUUUCCAGCGGUAGAAACACGCAACAACAAUCAACAGCUUGCUCAGCUACAGAAAGAGAAGUCAGAGAUUUUGAAGAACCUGGCGUUGUACUACUUCACGUUUGUUGAUGUUAUGGAAUUUAAGGACCAUGUUUGCGAGCUGCUGAACACUAUUGAUGUUUGCCAAGUCUUCUUUGAUAUUACUGUAAACUUUGAUUUGACGAAGAACUACCUGGACUUGAUUAUAACCUACACUACACUAAUGAUACUGCUGUCUCGAAUUGAAGAAAGGAAGGCUAUCAUUGGAUUGUAUAACUAUGCUCAUGAAAUGACACAUGGAGCGAGUGACAGAGAAUAUCCACGCCUUGGCCAGAUGAUUGUGGAUUAUGAAAACCCUUUAAAGAAAAUGAUGGAGGAAUUUGUACCCCACAGUAAAUCCCUUUCGGAUGCUCUGAUUUCACUCCAGAUGGUCUAUCCUCGAAGAAAUCUCUCAGCUGACCAGUGGAGAAACGCACAACUACUGAGCCUCAUCAGUGCACCUAGUACAAUGCUUAACCCUGCACAGUCUGACACGAUGCCAUGUGAAUACCUCUCUCUGGAUGCAAUGGAAAAAUGGAUUAUUUUUGGAUUUAUUUUGUGCCAUGGAGUCCUAAAUAGUGAUGCGACAGCUUUGAACCUUUGGAAACUUGCACUUCAAAGCAGCUCCUGCUUGGCUCUCUUUAGAGAUGAAGUAUUCCAUAUUCACAAAGCUGCAGAAGACUUAUUUGUAAACAUACGAGGCUACAACAAGCGUAUUAAUGACAUCAGAGAGUGUAAAGAAGCUGCUGUUUCACAUGCCGGUUCGAUGCACAGAGAGAGGCGCAAGUUUUUACGUUCUGCACUCAAAGAACUGGCGACAGUCCUGUCUGAUCAGCCAGGCCUGCUGGGCCCCAAGGCACUUUUUGUAUUUAUGGCAUUAUCCUUUGCUCGUGAUGAAAUCAUUUGGCUGCUUCGUCAUGCAGAUAACAUGCCAAAGAAGAGUGCAGAUGACUUCAUAGAUAAGCACAUAGCUGAGCUAAUAUUCUACAUGGAGGAGCUCAGAGCACAUGUGCGAAAAUACGGACCUGUGAUGCAGAGAUACUACGUACAGUAUCUGUCUGGCUUUGAUGCAGUGGUCCUAAAUGAACUUGUUCAGAAUCUUUCGGUGUGCCCAGAGGAUGAAUCAAUCAUCAUGUCCUCUUUUGUAAACACUAUGACUUCGCUAAGUGUGAAGCAGGUUGAGGAUGGAGAGGUAUUUGACUUCAGAGGAAUGAGAUUAGAUUGGUUUAGAUUGCAGGCCUACACCAGUGUCUCUAAAGCUUCUCUUGGACUGGCAGACCACAGGGAGCUAGGCAAAAUGAUGAACACAAUCAUCUUCCACACAAAAAUGGUAGAUUCUUUGGUGGAGAUGUUGGUUGAAACCUCAGAUCUUUCUAUAUUUUGUUUUUAUAGUCGUGCUUUUGAGAAGAUGUUUCAGCAGUGUUUGGAGCUUCCCUCUCAAUCAAGAUAUUCAAUUGCAUUCCCACUGCUUUGCACUCAUUUUAUGAGUUGCACCCACGAACUGUGCCCAGAAGAGCGACAUCACAUCGGAGAUCGUAGUCUUUCCUUAUGUAACAUGUUUCUGGAUGAAAUGGCUAAGCAAGCUCGAAAUCUUAUCACAGACAUUUGCACAGAACAAUGUACGCUGAGUGAUCAGUUGCUGCCAAAGCAUUGUGCCAAAACCAUCAGCCAAGCAGUGAACAAAAAAUCCAAAAAACAGACAGGAAAGAAAGGAGAACCUGAAAGGGAGAAACCAGGAGUAGAAAGCAUGAGAAAAAACAGAUUGGUUGUGACAAACCUGGACAAACUGCACACUGCACUUUCGGAGCUCUGCUUCUCAAUCAAUUAUGUACCAAACAUGGUGGUUUGGGAGCACACAUUUACCCCAAGAGAAUAUUUAACGUCUCACCUGGAAAUCCGUUUUACCAAGUCCAUUGUUGGAAUGACGAUGUAUAAUCAAGCAACACAGGAGAUUGCAAAGCCUUCAGAGCUGUUAACCAGUGUAAGAGCCUAUAUGACGGUCCUCCAGUCAAUAGAAAACUAUGUACAGAUUGACAUUACACGAGUAUUUAACAAUGUUCUGCUUCAGCAAACUCAGCAUUUAGAUAGUCAUGGUGAGCCAACCAUCACCAGUCUGUACACAAAUUGGUAUUUGGAAACAUUGCUAAGGCAAGUCAGCAAUGGUCACAUAGCCUAUUUUCCAGCUAUGAAGGCAUUUGUGAAUUUGCCAACAGAAAAUGAAUUAACAUUUAAUGCUGAGGAAUACUCUGACAUAUCAGAAAUGAGAGCCCUUUCUGAACUCCUGGGACCAUAUGGCAUGAAGUUCUUAAGCGAAAGUCUGAUGUGGCACAUUUCUUCGCAGGUUGCCGAGCUUAAGAAACUCGUGGUGGAGAAUGUUGAAGUUCUAACACAAAUGAGGACCAGCUUCGAUAAGCCAGACCAGAUGGCAGCACUCUUCAAAAGAUUAUCAUCUGUUGACAGUGUUUUGAAGAGAAUGACGAUUAUUGGUGUCAUCUUGUCUUUUCGGUCGUUGGCACAGGAAGCACUUAGAGAUGUCUUAUCCUACCACAUUCCUUUCCUUGUAAGUUCCAUUGAGGACUUCAAAGAUCACAUUCCAAGAGAGACUGACAUGAAGGUGGCAAUGAAUGUAUAUGAACUGUCAUCAGCUGCUGGAUUGCCUUGCGAGAUUGAUCCUGCCUUGGUUGUAGCACUGUCCUCCCAAAAAUCAGAAAACAUCAGUCCAGAAGAAGAAUACAAAAUUGCUUGCCUUCUCAUGGUCUUCGUGGCAGUCUCCUUGCCAACUUUGGCUAGUAACGUGAUGUCUCAGUAUAGCCCUGCCAUUGAAGGGCACUGCAACAACAUUCAUUGCUUGGCAAAAGCUAUCAACCAGAUUGCUGCAGCUUUAUUUACCAUCCACAAGGGAAGCAUCGAAGACCGUCUAAAAGAAUUUUUGGCUCUUGCAUCAUCUAGUCUACUGAAGAUCGGCCAGGAGACGGACAAAACUACUACAAGAAACAGAGAGUCUGUUUACCUACUACUGGACAUGAUUGUGCAGGAGUCCCCGUUCCUGACGAUGGACCUCCUGGAGUCGUGCUUCCCCUACGUCUUGCUGAGAAACGCGUACCACGCUGUCUACAAACAAAGCGUCACCUCCUCUGCCUAAGUAUCUACUUCCUGGAGAUAAGACAUAGCACGCAUCUAUGUGGCCUCAGUUUUACCUGUCAACUGUGGAGCUAUUUUACUUUAUGGCCUGAUGAACAGUUUUGUGGAUUAUAAACUUUUUCCAUAAAGUUGUAUUUCUGAUCAGUGGUUUCUUAAUAUGGUUGUACUACCGUAUCAGCUUGGUUGAUUUUAGGUUGCACAUUCAUGGAAAAUCUUUUUUCUCCUUUCUUCCUUUUUUUUUUUAAUUUUAGAGCAUCAGUUAUGUUUAAAAAUAUACUACUUCUGCUCUAUGUUUUUGAUAUUGAUCAUGCAGAACAGAAAUUGCUUGUUUAUUUCCCAGAAGAGAAAUGUAUUUAGUGAUUAUUUUAGAUAGUGUAGCUUUCAUCUGUGUGUAAAUUAUUUCAUAUAGGGAGAGUUAUAAUCUUGUACCUAUUGUUCUUAUUGAAAACAAAUAUUGGAUGUGCAUUUCUGUGAAGUAAUUACAGCAUUUCUAGUUUUAUUUUGAAGCAUUCACCGAUCUAUGUACUAUGACACUAUCUAACAUGGAAAAUGUUACCCUUCAGACAGCGAUCCUUUCCCGAUACUCUUAAACAACAGCAAGUGGUGUUGUUUGUAUAAAGCAUAGUGGAAAUUUUUUUUAAACUAACUUCUGUGGUGCCCUGUUGGCAUUAACACUACCAUUGUACCCUGCUGUAUAAUAAACAUUCUUACACAUUUAUCACAUGUUGAUAAAAUGUUAGCCCUUAACCACUUUUUAUAUGUUUUAAAUUUUUGAAAUUCAAGUGUACCUUCCAUAACAUACAAUAAACACUAGACUGUA